GAGAUGCUGAAGCCAGCAGUGUUAUUGUUGCUCGUGGUGGCCGCUGCCUGCAGCGCUGCGCCCCCAGCGAGGGCUCGCAGGUUCAGGACUCCCCACCAGGGCCGCAUCGUGGGCGGCGGCCCGGUGGACAUCUCGCAGUUCCCGUGGCAGAUCUCGCUGGAGUACAGGAACGAGCAUUACUGUGGCGGCUCCAUAAUCAGCUCCGAGUGGGUGCUGACUGCGGCACACUGUGGCGACCAUAGUGCGCAGUAUUACGUACUGAGGGCGGGCACUUCCUUACGUGAGUCGGGAGGCACCGUUUACGACGUCACUACUGUGAUCGUACACGACAGAUUCAGUUGGUCAACAGGAGAUUACGAUAUCGGAGUGCUAGCCAUCGACGGAUCCUUCACGUUUGGUGACAAUGUUCAGGCGAUCACUCUUGGGACGACGGAACCCGACGUUGGCACGUCGGUAAACAUCAGCGGCUGGGGGGACCUGCAGUACGCAGGGUCGCCGCCGGUACUACUGCACGCCGUCACCACAGUGCUCAUUGACAGGGCCACGUGUGACGAGACGUGGGGUGACAUCACGUAUAACGAGCUGUGCACCGGAGGAGAACACAAGGGCGCUUGCAACGGGGACAGCGGCGGAGCCCUGGUGGUGGGCUCCACGCAGUACGGUAUCUUCUCGCGAACGAGCUGCUCUCGGAGUGGAACUCCUGAUGUGUACACCAGCGUCCCAGCCCUGCGAUCCUGGAUCACUGAAAACACCGGCAUCUGAGUAACAUAACUGCCUACACCCACUAUAUGCACUCAGGCUGCUCCUCAAUACAAAGUAAUGAAAUUUUACAAAAUACAAUAUUUACUGAUUGAUAACGUUUGCUCUGUUUAAAACGUGUUGCCCUGAUAGUAUGUACCAGUAGCAUUUGCUAAUAUUAGAGUGUUAUAUAAAACCAUUAGAAACAAGAAAUAUAUGUACUCAAAUCAGCUAAUAAUAAUAUGAAACCAGUGUAAUUUUUUCCCAUUAA